CUUUAGUCACCCUGUGCUCGAAACCAAUGGGAUUGGCUGCCCGGAAAUCUACGCCAUGACCCCCCCUCCCUGAGUUCUCUAUUAAAAACAGGGUUGCGCAGUAAACGAAAGUACACUGAAAACAUCUAGGAAGCAAAACAGUUGAUUUGGUUGAACUCUGGAGAGCAUUACAAAGAUGUUUACCCAGACCCUGGUCCUGCUGGGCAUCAGCCUGGCCCUCACGGUCACAGCGUUGCCCAUGCCCAAAGCUGAGGACGGGAAGAACUGGGUGGUGAUUGUGGCAGGCUCCAACGGCUGGUACAACUACAGACACCAGGCUGAUGCAUGCCAUGCCUAUCAGAUAGUCCACAAGAACGGGAUCCCUGAUGAGCAGAUUGUCGUGAUGAUGUACGACGACCUGGCUGAGAAUGAGGAUAACCCAACCAAAGGAGUCGUCAUCAACAGGCCAAAUGGCACUGAUGUGUAUAAAGGGGUAGUGAAGGACUAUGUAGCUGAUGAAGUGACUCCAGAUAAUUUCCUGGCAGUGCUGAAGGGCGACUCCGCUAGUGUGAAAGGAGGAUCUGGGAAAGUGCUGAAGAGUGGGCCAAAUGAUCAUGUGUUUGUGUACUUCACCGAUCACGGUGCACCUGGCCUCCUGGCGUUUCCUGAUGAUGACCUUCAUGUGAAGGACCUCAUGGAUGCCCUCCACUACAUGCAUGACAACAAAAUGUACAAGAAGAUGGUAUUAUACAUCGAGGCAUGCGAGUCUGGGUCCAUGAUGAAACCCCUGCCCGCAGAUAUUGAUGUCUACGCCACCACCGCUGCGAACACCCACGAGUCCUCCUACGCCUGUUACUACGACGAAGCCCGCGACACCUACCUGGGUGACUGGUACAGCGUCAACUGGUUGGAGGAUUCUGAUGUGGAGGACCUGAACAAGGAGACUCUACUGAAGCAGUUCAAGAUUGUCAAGGGCGAAACCAACACCAGUCAUGUCAUGCAGUAUGGAGACAAGACGAUUUCUCACAUGAAGGUGAUGGAGUUCCAGGGCAACUCAAAGAGCAACGCCUCCUCUGCUCGCCCCACCUCCCUGCCUGUGGUGCAGGAGCGUGACCUCACCGCCAGCCCCGACGUCCCAUUGGCCAUCCUCAAGAGGAAGCUCAUGAAGACCAAUGACAUCGCCGUCGCCCAAGGAUACCUUAAGGAGAUCAGCACGCACCUCAAGACGCGGGAGCUGCUGGCUGAGACCAUGCAUAAGGUAGUUCAGAAGGUGAUGGGCAACAGUGGUGAGGCACAGAAGCUGCUGAACGACCGGAUGGAGCUGACGCAGCACAAGUGCUACAAGAUGGCCGUCACACACUACAAAACCCGCUGCUUCAACUGGCACUCCGGCCCUCAGUAUGAGUAUGCACUGAGGCACCUCUAUGCUCUGGUGAACCUGUGUGAAGCUGGACUCACUGCAGAAAGGAUCAUGUCAGUCAUGGAUGAUGUAUGCUACUUCAGGAUGUAAUCGACUCUGGACCACACCUGCACACCCAUCUGGCCUGCUGUCUGUUGGAUAGCCUCCUAUUUGCACUCACCAAUCAACUUUGAAAAGAAUACACACAACUAUUUUGCAUUACACUGCAAUCACAUUAUUUUAAGAUUACUUUUUUUUUUUUUUUUUUUUUUACUUUGAGAAUUGUAUUGACGUUUUUAUAAUGAAUUUUAAAAUGUGGUUUUGACUAUACAUUUUAACAAGCACCGUUUACUCUGCCAAUUUACGUUAAGGGUUAAGAGAAUGUUCUGCCUUUUAGGAAAUGUAUUUUGUGUAUAUUCACUACUGGAGCCCAAGAAUAUUGAUCCUCCAUCUACAUAGGGGAUUUAGACUGAGCUCUCUCUUGCCAUCAGGGACCUAGAAUACGGAUCUUAUAAAUGAUAGAAUAUGGACCCAGUUUCUUUUCUUUGCGGUGGAAUGUGGAGUAUUUGUCCUCCAGGUCUUGCCCCUUUGAGACUAGGAGGUAGUCGGUCUUACCAUGUUUUUACACUGUGGUCAUUCACUAAUCCAUUUGAUAUUCACUUGAACUCUCUGCUAGCUAGUUAAACCAUCUAAAGAGAGAGAGAAUACUACCCUCUGGACCUGGACUGCCCAGCUGCAGGGGUGGUUGGCCAGAUCUAACCACACUGGAUCUCUGCUGCUGCCUCUUUGUCCGCCUUUGCUUUACUGAAAUAUGGCUUUCUGGUAGGAGACCAUGCUUGCAGUGUUUGAAUGAUGAUGAUUGGAUGAAUAUUCUACUAUGAAGGCGGGGCGGGCUUUCGUUGGUUGACAAUCUAAGGUGUGUUUUUUUUUAAUUUUUUUUUCUCAAAAGAGGAAACUCCAAGUUGGUAGCUUUGUUCAGUGAUCACUUUCUGUCUGGUGACUUUGGCAUCAAUGUAGUGCAUGAAUGUGCUGUCGUGAAGUUGAAGGGGUGAGCUAUAGCAGUGUUGCUAGAUGGAUUCCUGUCUUUUUGUCUGACUGCAGAUCUCCUGUGUAGACAUGGCUGUAGCUUAUGCGCCUGAUCUGAGCUCUCUUCUAAGCGUCAGUUUGCACUGUGGACAGACUACAGUCUCCUCAUUUCCGAGGGGAGGUUUGAUCUGUGUGUGAAUUAUCAAUAAUAAAUUCAAACCAAAUUGA